AUGGCGGCGGCGUCGUCGUCGUCUAUCUCCGGAUCCCGCACCUGCUACCCUAGCGUUCCAAUGGCCCGCGGCGGCCAGCGACGCACCAGCGGCUGCACCGUCAUCAGGAGCUCCUUGAUGCCCUGCUCGCCGCUCUCGACGCUGCUGAUCGGCAGCAAGUGGGCGGAGCUCCAGGGCGCGCGGGACUGGGACGGCCUGCUGAGCCCGCUGGACGGCGCGCUCCGGGGCGAGCUGGUCCGGUACGGGGAGUUCGUGCGCGCGGCCUACGCCAGCUUCGACUCGUCCUACGGCUCCUGCCGGUUCCCGACCUACUCCCUGCUGCACUGCGCGGGGAUGCCGGGGACGGGGUACCGGGUCACGCGCCUCCUCCACGCCACGUCCACCUCGUCGUCCGGGUGGCUGCCGUCGCCGUCGCCGUCGCCGCCCCGCGGCUCCAGCUACAUCGGCUUCGUCGCGGUGUGCAACGACGAGCGCGAGAUCGAGCGGCUCGGCCGCCGCGACGUCGUCGUCGCGUUCCGCGGCACCGCUACGUGGGGCGAGUGGGUGGACAACUUUAAGUCCGGCCUGACACGGCUCCCGGUCCCGACCGGCGAGGAGAAUGGAGAGGAGGAGGCGAUGGUGGAGAGCGGGUUCUGGAGGCUCUUCACCGCGCCAGGCGAGGCGGCGAGGCGCACACAGCAGCCUGCAGCAGCAGGUGCGCGACGAGGCGCGGCGGAUCGCCCCCUCGGCGCGGCGCUCGCGGCGCUCACUGCCCACGAGAUCGCGACGGCGCAGCAGCGACAGGAACACGCGCCGAAGAUGAUGGUGACGGCCGUGUCGUUCGGCCGGCCGCCCGUGGGCAACGCGGCGUUCCGGCGCAGGCUGGAGGAGAGCGGCAGCAAGGUGCUCCGCGUGGUGAACUCGGACGACAUCGUGACCAAGUUGCCGGGGUUCCCGGUGCACGAGCACGACGACUGCAGCGAAGGGGAUGAUGAAGGCGAGGGCGCUGCCGAGGUGGCUAGGUCUCCAAGAUGGGGUGGGCGUACAGCGACGUGGGGCGCGAGCUGCGGCUGA